UUGAGGGGGAAUGUUGGCUCGGCAGCACUGUUUGCCGAUUUGGUGUGUGCUUGCAGGUCGAGUAGCAAACUGGAUGCUGAUUUUUCUUCCCUGGUCUGCCAUCUCGAGAACAUAAUAAGCAUGUGUGUCUGCGAUGGAUUCUGCUACGAGCUGUACUGCUACAUAGGACUGCUGACAAAGUUUAAAAGAAUCAAACUCGCCGACAGCGACCUGAGGAGGUGCAGCAGAGGCAGCCAGCAUCUGCACAAAAGCCCAAUGCUGGACUCCAGGUUUAACUGCCCAAUAGUGAAGGAUGUCCGAGUACCCACUUUUCUUUUCACCAGGCUCUCUUCAAAGAUAUUGAUGUUCCUUUCCGAGCCUAAGCAUGACAAAAGCUACACAGCCAAAGUCCAUCAGGCAUUCAAAUUCUACAUGAGCAUUGGGAUCCUGCCCAACAAGAUGUUCGUCCACAAGCUUUAUACUCUGCACUCUGGCAAGGACUCGCUGGUUGACAGGAUACUUGAAAUGGAUCUGCUGGAAGCCGACAGAAACGCUGAAGACACCCUGAAGAGGAUAUGUGUUUUGUUUAGUCGCAGUCUGGAUGAGUCGUUAAGGGCCAAGGAGGAUAUCGGCGCAUUGUACAAGCUGUUGUUUGACAAUUUCAGGAUGCUCAGCCGUAACAUCCGCAUGGUUGCAUCGCUAUUUGAGGAAAUCUGUAAAGUUCACAUACGGAGAAUCGGGAAAAGCAAAGAUGUUGAAGAGCUGAAAGCCUUGCAUAUGUCUAUGAACAUUUGUGAAAAGUCUUUGGGAAAGAGGAGCGAAAAAGUAGAGAAGCUGCUGAGGGAUAGGGCGGCUGAGCUGCUGAAGAAGUAA